AUGGCCUUGAGUGAUGCUCUGUACCCUGGCAACCCAGCGAGGCGGAACAUGGUGGUGCGGUUACACCAGGAGCUGAUCAACUGCGUAGAGCUCAAUUUUGAUGCCACCAAUGAGCUGAUUGGAGCCUUAAACACACACUGUCAGUGCAAGUUGCAACCCAUUAAAAUGAACAAGAACGGCACCAUCCGGGAGAACUGCGACGUAUUCCUCGCAGCCAUAAAGUCCAUCCAAGACAUUAUGCAGGUCAUCGACGGAAGGUUGAAGAGCAACGUGGACCCAGAUCUCUACCGAAAGCUUCACGAUUUCCAAGAGACAGACACCACGAAGAUGCAGAUUCUGCGCUCUCGGGUCGCAGGGGUGAGCGGGCUCACUGGGACUGUGGCCAUGGGGAUCUUCAUCAAGUUGGCGUUAUCGCAGGUGACGACCAGAGUCCUGAGCCAAACAACCAUGAUCGUGGCCAAGCUCGGUGCCUGCGUGAUCGGCAGUGUGGCUGGUGUGUUACUAGGCGUAGGUGUUGAUUUGAUUCUCAGCACAAUCCUGGGUGCCAGAGAGAGAGACCAACUGGAGGUGGCGAUUCGGGAGCUCAAGACACUGGUGAAUGAGUACAAGCCAGCCUCCAAGGAGUAUUACAAAACCGCAAUCAAGACCAGCUCAAUGCUGCCCUAG